AUGGUUAAAGAUACAAAACUUUAUAACUUACUAGGCGUUGAACCAACUGCCAGUGAAGCAGAAAUUAAAAAGGGUUACAGAAAACAAGCAUUGAAAUACCAUCCAGAUAAACCAACGGGUGAUACUGAAAAGUUUAAAGAAAUAUCCGAAGCUUUUGAUAUUUUAUCCAAUGCCGAUAAGAGGGAAGUUUAUGAUCAAUAUGGUCUAGAAGCAGCAAGAGGUAAUGCUCCAGCGGCUGAUCCUGGCAAUCCAUUUGGUGGAGCAGGAGGCGGUGUCGGUGGUUUCAACUUCGGUGGUGGAGGUGGUGGUUUCAGAUCCUCUGGUGGUGGUUUCUCACAAGCGGAUGCAUUCAACAUCUUUUCCCAAAUGGGUGGGUUCGGUAUGGGUGACGAUGGUUUCACUUUCAGCCUGAGUGGGUUCGGAGGUGGUGCCGGCGGAUCACCAUUUGGUGGUGCAGGUGGGGGAUUCAGAUCAGCUGGUGGUGGAAUGCCAGGUGGAUUUGGUGGACGUCAACAACAAAGACCCGAGCCAGACACUGUAUCUAUACAACUCCCAGUAUCAUUAGAAGACUUGUAUAAAGGUGCCACCAAGAAGAUGAAGAUUACUCGAAAAGAUGCCAGCGGAACAAGAGAACAAAAAGUGUUGGAAGUUAAUAUAAAACCGGGUUGGAAAUCUGGUACCAAGAUCAAUUUCGCCAAUGAAGGUGAUUACCAACCUGAAUGUGGUGCAAGACAAACUAUACAAUUUGUUAUACAAGAGAAACCCAACCCAACUUUCAAGAGAGAUGGAAACGAUAUCAAAAUGAAUGUUCAUUUAUCAUUUAAGGAAUCACUUUGUGGUUUUGAAAAAGAUGUAACCACAUUAGAUGGAAGAAGAAUUUCAUUAAGUAGAUCAAGCCCUGUACAACCAAACUCAACUACCAACUAUCCAGGUUUGGGAAUGCCAAUAAGUAAAAGCCCGGGUCAAAAAGGUGAUUUGGAAAUCACAUAUAAAGUUGAUUAUCCAUCAUCAUUAACUCCAGCACAAAAGCAAGCCAUCUUGGAUAACUUUUGA